AUGGGUCGCGUCAGGACAAAGACCGUCAAGAAGAGCGCCAAGGUGCUCAUCGAGCGUUACUACCCCAAGCUCUCUCUUGACUUCGAGGUCAACAAGAGGAUCUGCGAUGAGGUCGCUAUCAUUGCCAGCAAGCGCCUCAGGAACAAGAUCGCCGGAUACACCACUCAUUUGAUGAAGCGUAUCCAGAGAGGACCCGUCCGUGGUAUCUCCUUCAAGCUCCAGGAAGAGGAGCGUGAGCGCAAGGAUCAAUACGUCCCCGAGAUCUCUGCUCUCGACUUCACCCAGAACAGCGAGAACGGCACCCUCGACGUCGACCAGGAGACCAAGGACCUCCUCAAGAGCCUCGGCUUCGACUCCAUCCCCGUCAACGUCGUCGCCGUUGCCCAGCAGCAGACCAACGACCGUCCCCGUCGCUUCAACGACCGCCCCGCUCGCAACUAG